GCUUAAGAGGUGCGGCUAGAGUUUUAUAGCUGUGCUUGGAGUUUAAAUGGAGAUUAAUGGACAGACUCAAAGUCUAACAGAGACACUGUACAUAACAGGCUGAUAGACAAAAGUUCACCUGAACAACCAUGCCACUGUGGAAGGGACUCAUGGACAGACCGCAGGAGUGCAACAGGGCCGUGGUGGUGUCCGUGGCAGACUUUGACUAUGGGGUGGACUUGGUAAAGAGGCCCGGGGCCAACCAGGAUGCCAGGAAGCUCCACCGCAACCUCAGCAAGCUGGGCUUCAAGGUGGAUCUGCACAGUGACCUGAGCAGCGAGGAAAUCUACAAACUAUUCUCUGAAGAGAGUAGGCGGCCUGUGAAGGAUUGUUUUCUGGCAGUCCUUUCGUCUCACGGGAAGGAGGGCUGCGUGUUCGGAGCAGACGGGAAACCUGUCCGACUGUCUCGUAUCUUCACAUCUUUCGACAAUGAAUGCAUGGAGAAAAAGACCAAAGUUUUCCUCAUACAGGCCUGCCGAGGAGAGGCUCUGGAUGAUGGAGUAGAGGUGGAUUCAGCUCAGGAGGCGUUAUACUGCAGUUUCUCACACUAUUUCUCUGUCCCUGUGGAUACAGCUGUGAUGUAUGCCACAUCACCAGGUUAUGGCGCUUUCAUGAACUUCUGCGGAUCAGUCUUCCUACAGACAUUCUGCUCAUUAUUGGAAGAGGAAGGUCUCUCUAACCUGGAACUGACUCGGCUGAUGACCCGACUCUCCCACAGGGUUGCCUACACCUUCGAGGCCAAAGGGCAGAAGUAUGGUGGAAAGAAAGAGAUGCCGUGUUUGCUGACACGACUGACCAGAGAAGUGUUCCCGUUUGGAGACUUAAAGGAAGACAACAAUGCUUCAAGAAUAUCAGCCACAUCAAUGGUAGCUUCACAUAAAGUUAGAACACGGAUCGCUUCACUGAGUUAGAGAGCAGCUCACCAGCAUGAAGGAAGACUGACAUUACCAGGAAAAUGGAAACAGAUGACAGAUAAAGUGAGAAUCCUGUCAGAUGUUCCUUUACGCACUGUAACUUCCUUCAGAACUUCUCGAGAAGUCGCCCCCCUCCCCACGUGAUGUACAUAUGGAAUGUUUAAGUGUGGGAAAGUUUAUUUUUGCAUUCACUGAUGUAUUUGUUGGGUAAUAAAGUAAUAUUUUAAAAUG